UUCCGAUCCGGAUUUGAGAUUCGGGACCCACCAUUUCGCCCGUAAGUUUGAACCCUGACGCUCGCCGUCUGGCAGCGUAGCCAUUCUUCGACAAAUCCAUCCAAAUUCCUUUUUCUUGCUCUUCAAUCUCUCCUCCACUCUGCACCGCGAUCCCUCCGUUCCUUCCUCUUUCCACGGACUAGUGUUCAAGACCCUAGUCCCAAUCCAAAAUCUCAUUCACUGUCUUCCAUUAUUGCGGAACCUUCAGUUUUCCGCCAAUUCUGUCCCGCAAUUCUCCGGUGAGAUCUCCGACCGAAUAUGCCUGUGGAUCAUCAUCAAUCGCCGCGGGGCUGUGCCGAUUGAAUCUUUGAUUGUACAUGGAAGCAUAGGAUUGGAGAAGAUCAAGUGUGAGAUAUGAACCCCAUGGGGACAGUAAAUCCAGGCAGUGGCAACAUCCAUCAAAGGCCUCCUGCUCCAUCCCUUGCUUCUUCUUCUCAGAGUUCAACACCUUUUCUGUCAUCUGGCCCUAUGGUUGGAUCAGAGGCUUCUGCUUUUAGACCCUUGGCACCAAAUGCUCCCCAGACUAAAAGGUCUUCCUCAUCAUCUGUUUCAGUGUUCGAAUCAGAGGUAUCUGGUUUUAAACCUACACAAACAGGUGUAUCUAAUGAUCCAUCUAUGCUGACUCUGCCAUCAUCAUAUCCCCCACCACCUGCAGGACCUUUCCAGCAUUUUCCCUCACCACAAUUUUCUUCCACAGCUCAACUAUCUUUCCAGGGCCUUUCUGCUCCUGGGCAGCCAGUUUAUUCCUCACCAGUUAGACCUCCUGCAGGUCAAGUUCCAUCUCCGCCAGUUUCUCUUUAUCAACAGCCCCAGAUACGAUCCGUGCCAAUGGGUUCGAUCCCUCAAACCAUAAGCAAUGUGCCACCAGGCAUGAAUUUUCCGCCAUCAUCUUUAGAUUCCUCAUUUCCCACCCCAAGGCCAAACUUGCAGCCUGCUUUUCCUAGUUAUCCUAGUAAUCCAUACAAUGCAGUUACACAACCUUCACCUGUACAGUCUUCACACUUUGUUUCCCGCCAAGGAGAUUAUGGUCCACCUCCAACAGGAACUUCUUCCCCUUUUCUUGCUCAUCAAGGAGGUUAUGUUCCCCCUCCUCCAGUUGCUGCUCCACCAGGUGUCUAUUCCAGGGAACAAAUGCAACACCAAGGCUCUGGACCUCCAAUUGGAGCUGCGCCGGGCCUAAUAGAAGACUUCAGCUCUCUCUAUCUUGCUUCUGUUCCUGGAUCAAUUGAUCCACAAAUUGAUUUUAAAGCAUUGCCAAGGCCAUUGGAUGAUGAUCUUGAGAUAAAGAAUUUAGCUGAUGUGUAUCCAUUGAAUUGUGAUUCUAGAUAUCUACGUUUUACAACUAGUGGCAUUCCAAAUUCUCAGUCUUUGGCUUCAAGAUGGCAUUUGCCCCUUGGAGCAAUUGUUUGUCCCCUAGCUGAAACUCCUGAUGGGAAUGAGGUGCCGGUAGUUAACUUUGCCCCAACUGGCAUUAUUCGAUGUAGAAAAUGUCGGGCUUAUGUGAAUCCUUAUGUGACAUUCAUGGAUGGUGGAAGAAAGUGGCGAUGCAACAUCUGUGCCUUUCUUAAUGACGUUCCGGGUGAUUAUUUUGCCCAUUUGGAUGCCAGUGGUAGAAGAGUUGAUUGGAAUGAACGGCCAGAACUUAAAAAGGGUAGUGUGGAAUUCACAGCUCCAUCUGAAUAUAUGGUGCGGCCUCCAAUGCCUCCACUAUACUUUUUCCUGAUUGACGUAUCAGUAUUAGCUGUUAGAAGUGGAAUGCUUGAGGUUGUGGCACAAACUAUUAAGUCUUGCUUGGACAGAUUGCCUGGUUUCCCUAGAACACAAAUUGGGUUCAUAACUUUUGACAGCACCAUACAUUUUUAUAACAUGAAGUCAUCUUUGACGCAGCCUCAGAUGUUGGUGAUCUCAGACCUGGAUGAUAUAUUUGUUCCCUUACCUGAUGAUCUCCUAGUCAACUUGUCAGAAUCAAGGGGAGUGGUGGAUGCUUUUCUAGAUAGCUUAUCCUUCAUGUUUCAGGAAAAUGUGAAUGUGGAAUCUGCUUUUGGUCCGGCUCUUAAAGCUGCAUAUAUGGUUAUGGCCAAACUUGGUGGUAAAUUGUUAAUAUUCCAGAAUACACUCCCUUCCCUUGGUGUUGGCCGCCUAAGGAUGCGUGGAGAUGAUCCUCUUGUUUACGGAACAGAAAAAGAACAUGCAUUAAGAAUACCUGAAGAUCCAUUUUACAAACAGAUGGCUGCUGAUUGCACGAAGUGCCAGAUAGCAGUGAAUGUGUAUGCAUUCAGUGAUAAGUACACUGAUAUAGCCUCCCUUGGAACUUUGGCCAAAUAUACUGGUGGUCAAGUAUAUUUCUAUCCAAGCUUCCAUGCAGCCAUUCACAAAGAGAAGUUGAGACAUGAGUUGGCCAGAGAUCUUACAAGAGGAACAGCCUGGGAAGCUGUCAUGCGCAUAAGAUGUUCAAAAGGUGUGAGAUUCACCUCUUAUCAUGGGAAUUUUAUGUUGCGGUCCACCGAUUUAUUAGCACUUCCAGCUGUAGACUGUGAUAAAGCCUACGCAAUGCAGUUGAGUCUUGAAGAAACAUUAUUGACUACGCAGACCGUGUAUUUCCAAGUUGCUUUGUUAUGCACUUCAUCUUCUGGGGAGAGGCGUAUCAGAGUACAUACCGCAGCAGUGCCAGUUGUUGCAGAUCUAGGAGAGAUGUAUCGCCAGGCUGAUAAUGGUGCCAUUGUUUCUUUAUUGUGUAGGCUAGCAAUUGAGAAAACCCUGAACUAUAAACUGGAGGAAGCUCGAAACUUGGUUCAACAGAGGAUUGUUAAAGCCCUAAGAGAAUAUCGAAAUCUGUAUGCUGUGCAGCAUCGUGUGGUAGGCCAGAUGAUAUACCCUGAAUCAUUGAAGUUCUUGCCUUUGUAUGGGUUAGCACUUUGUAAAUCAAUGCCCCUUCGUGGUGGAUAUGCUGAUGUACAACUCGACGAACGAUGUGCAGCUGGACACACCAUGAUGGCCAUACCUGUUAAAAGACUGUUAAAGUUGCUGUAUCCCCAUUUGGUCCGGGUCGAUGGAUUUCUCAUAAAGGCAAAUUCCAAGGCUGAUCAGUUUAAUAUUUCAAGGCUACCACUUACAGCUGAGAGCUUAGAUUCCAAAGGCCUUUAUAUUUAUGAUGAUGGUUUUCGGUUUAUUAUAUGGUUUGGUAGAAUGCUUUCACCUGACAUAGUUAUGAAUCUACUUGGAGAAGAUUGUGCUGCUGAUUUUUCGAGGGUUGUUCUGAGCAAGCAUGAUAGUGAGAUGUCAAGAAAGCUGAUGGCAAUACUUACGAAAUUAAGGGAAUCUGACACUUCCUAUUAUCAGCAGUGGCACCUUGUAAGACAAGAUGAACAACCUAGAGAGGGAAUCCUUUUCCUCACAAACCUAGUCGAGGACACGGUUGGUAAUAUGAAUGGUUACAUGGAUUGGAUUCUGCAGAUACACCGGCAAGUGCAACAAAAUGCAUAAGGGUGAUUUCCUGGUGAUUAAUGCUGUGUUUUCAGAUCCCUUCAUCCUAUAUUUUUGGGACAAGAGCACAUCCUUUAUAGCCAUUUUUUAGCAAUAUUCUCCAGAUUAUACAUUCCAGCUGGGGUUUAUCAUUGCCUUAUUUCAGCCUUUCUGUUUUCAUCCUUUAGAGGGUAUUACAUACCAUAAUUUGAAGUCAAGAGUUCAGUUUCUGUUCUCCUCGGAAGCAUGGGUUGUUGAUUUGAAGGAAACUAGUUGCGGAGUUGGAUUGCAAACAAGGGAGUAUUUUGCGAGCUAUGUUCAGCAAUAGAAUCUUGUGAUGUUCUCUCUGUAUAGAAAGAGAACAAAUUUUUGUGUGAUGUAUUUACUUAUUCUUGACGUUUUUUCCUGUUUGUCCCCCCCGCCUUCCCCUUCUCUCGUUCUUUUCUUUUGUUGGAGUAUAGUAAGUGAUUACUUACAAAUUGUUCAUUUACAUCUAGAUUUUUGAAGGAAAUUUUGUUCUAUUUCCCGUUCAUGGGACUUUAAUUUUGAACCCAAAAUUCCUCCAUUGGAAUAUACCUGAAGUUUGCAUUUCUAGCCAAUUGAAUUGGGGUUCUUGUCUCA